AUGAGACAAGAAGUGAAGAAGGAACUUGACAAACUACGUGAAUUGAAAACAGAAUGGGAAUUGAAAUGUCACACAGAUGAUACAAGUUUGGAUCAAGAAAUUGUUGAAAUUGAAAAACAGAGACAAGUGUUGAAAAAAGAAAUGGACACAGUAUUCGAUGAGUUACACCAAUCUUUGAGAAAGAGACAUGACACAAUGAAUGAAGAAUUGGAUAAAUUGUGUCAGGAGAGAAUUUGUAUCAUUUCAAAAAUUAAAGAAAUGAAACAACAGGCAGAGCAUUCUAAGAAAGAAUUUGACAACUUAGACAGAAUGACAACAUUUGAAAUGAUUCAAACGAAGACUAGCUCUCUUGAAAUUGUGCUUAAAGAUCUCGAAAAGAUGAUUUCAGAAUUUAAAUAUAGAUCAGUCACAGCGUUGCAUGAAUUGAAAUUGAUCGUUGAUCAACAGGAAGUGAACGAAUUGAAAAAACGAAUUGAUCAACUUGGUAGAGUAUAUUCUUCUUCUCCACGCGAUGAAAUAUCUCAAAAUUUAUCAAAUCCCAAUGAAUGGUUGUAUGACCAUUCUCAAGUAUAUCUCUCGAAUGACAACAAUGUUGUUCGUUUGGUUAAAAAAGCUGAGAAUAAUACGUAUCCUCUUUCAUUUAAUAAUACCAGAAUGGAAAUUGGAAUUUUUAAAUGGAAAGUCAAAAUAGAAAAACUGGAACGGAUUGGUGUUGGUUGGAUUGGUGUUGGAGUUUCCACUGAAGAAAUUGUAUCCUCUCGUCAAUUUGGUGCCUUUGUCUAUCCUUAUGAAUCUCACAAGUCCUAUCUAAUAAGCUGCAAUGGAUACACCUGGAGUAUGGAUUUGAACGAAAAUCAAAAAGCGAAUGGAUUUAAAUUUACAACAGGUCAUGAAUUGGAAUUGGAAAUGAAUUGCAACACACGACAAUUAACCAUUCGAAAGUUAGGAACUAAUGAGUCGUUUACAUUCAACAAUGUUGUGUUGCCAGUAUAUCCUUCGGUUGCACUUUGUGGGCGGGAUGGGUCAGUGACAUUUUAA